AUGGCCGUUACUUGGCUGGUUGUGGAGCCGACGGGAGGGGAGGAGUGUCCUUGGCUGAGUUUGAUGGGACUGGGAGGGACAGGGGAAGAUGACGGUAGGGGAUCCGUAAAAGAUCCAACUUACAAAUGUGAUCCUUCCGUAUGUGAAAAACAAUGUAAAAAGUGUACCAACUCUAGAUGUAAAUGUCUAUGCCCAUGCUGUAAAAGUAGAAAUGGAGGUGAACUCACUACCAACUGCGACAGUCAUUCUGGCAAACCGCUUCGUUCCCUCCCCUCUUCUUCCUCCCGUGGCUCUGCUUCUCACGGUCAUGCCUCUGCCUCCCGUGCAAAGCAGCAAACCGGUUCAUCAUCUACCACAGCUUCCACUCCCAUCCCUUACAUCAUCGCCUCAGUCGCCCUCAUCAUCCUCGUCAUCUGCGUCAUGAGCUACUUCCGCAUCCGGCCCUUCCACAGGGUGCUAUAUCUACUUCGAAGCUAA